AUGAAGGGCAGCUACACCUUCCUGUUGGCGACCCUUGCCUUGCUCUGCGUCUGUGAACUGGCCAAAGGGGAAGACAGCAGCGAGCUUUUCAUGGACUUCCUGCAAACACUGCUGGUGGGGUCUCUGGAGGAUCUCUACGAGGGGCCCCUGGGCAAGUACAAGGUUAAUGCAGAUGCCAAGUGGGCGCUGGCGGAGCUCAAGUCCUGUAUCGACGGCCUGCAGCCCAUGCACAAGGCAGAGCUGGUCAAACUGCUGGUACGAGUGCUGGGCAGUGAAGAUGGCCCCUGA